GUAUUGAUUAAAUAUAAUAGUUACGUGGCAGUGCUGCCAACAAGUGAGAAUUUGCAAUUCUCAGAUAACCAUGUGAUAUUUCUGGUAACGUUCUUUAAAUUAUUGUAAAUAUAGUAGUUUCUGAUAUAGUUCUUAGUAAUAUUCCUUGUGAUAAUAUGGCUGAAGGAACUUACGAGUAUGAAUGCAUGAGGGCGGAGCUAUUGGGAAUAGAUAAACCUGACUACGAUGAAUUUAUGAAAAACCAGAAAGAACGACAACAAAAAGAAGUAAAAGAGGAAGAUGAAGAUAUCGAAAAUAUUAAGGAAGCUGAUCUGGAAACUGAAGCCAUGGGUCGAGUGACAGGAAAAUUGGAUGAACUAAACAACAUUUUAAAGAAAACCCAAUCCAAGAUAAGCAAAAUGAAGGUAUCUUGUGGAUCUAUAGCAGGCAGUUUAAAAACCCGCUUAGGUUCUUUCAGCUCACAAUCUUCGAUUGACGUUGAACACGAAGAAGCGGAUAAAACCGUAAAAGCCAACGAAACUAAUAUAAACGGUUCCAAUCCAGAAGCGACACUGGAAACACCGAAGUCUUCCGACAACAGUGCACCAACCAGAAAGAGUGAUUUAGCGAAAGCCUUAGAUAAAGAUCUGAGUAGCCUUGACGCGAUGAUAGAAAAGGCCGAGCAAGCCCAAUAUUCCAUGGCAUAUCAAACGAAGGAAAUGAAGAAGUUUACGAAGUAAUUUUAAAGUUUGACGUGGGUUUAGGUAAAUUAUUCUAAUAAUACAAUGCUCGGUAUUAUUUAAAAAAAAAUUAAGAUUUUCCGAUAAUUUCCUAAUUAAUUUAGAAUAUCCUGAAUAUUUUUUUUCUAUCUUUCCUCUUUGACUGAUCUUCCUAUUUACACUCAAGCAAUUGGGUAUUGGCAAACGUUUUUUUUUUUGUAUUUUCUACGUAUUCAAAAUGGAUGCGAUUGUAGUGGAUUUACCAAUUUAAAAUAUUUAAUAAAGGGUGUCUCAGAAAUAUUUUCGUUUAUCAAUACGUCCGCUGGCGCAAUAGGCACAUUCCUGAGAAAAUAGGUAAUUGGCAAA